AAAAUCAACUUACAAACUGUGUGCUUUUACAAAAGAGAGAUAAUGGAGGUAGAGAGAGACUCGGUGAAACUAAGCCUGAACAAUGAGCUUACAAAAGCAGCUCAAUCGCUAUCCAUGGAAGCCCACAAACAAAACAAACCUUUCAUCACAAACUUCAACAAGAAACAUGGUACAUCUUCAUCAAUGGAGGUUGCUAUCUUCGCAUUUCCAGGAUCGUGGGUAGUCAGCGACUGGUACCAUGAUGAUAGUUUUGGAGAAACCGAGGUUGAUCGUAACCUCUUCAAGUCCAUGUGCCGGAUCGGAGAGAAUCGACCCGCUAAAGUCAACGCAGCUUUUCUUAAAAAAUUUCAAGAUCUUUUAAGCGAUCCCACGUUCAAAUCCGAGGUAGAGAAAGCUGUGAACACAAAUAAUAAGAUUUUGUUCACGGGGCAUUCGUAUGGUGGUGCGAUAGCAAGUUUUGCGACACUUUGGAUACUUGAUGAGUAA